ACGGAAGCCUUUCAGGAAACCCGGAAGUGAUCAGCAGCAGCGGCAGCAGGAGACACACGUGAUCAUUUCUUCUUCUUGUUUGUGAUGCUUUCGUAACAGCAUUCACCAAGGUCACUAGUGGGAGCAGUGGGAGCAGUGGGAGCUAAGCCCCUUUCAGCACGUGUGAUUAUAGUUCAGUGUAAAAGCAGCAAGUGGGAGAGAACAUGGCUGGACUUAUAAACUUUGAGGAUCAGAAGGAGGUGGAGCAGUUCUUGGACAAUCUGGGAGUGGAGUACAGCUUCCAGUGCUACAAAGAAAACGAUCCGGAAGGGUGCCAAAGGCUCUCGGACUACCUGGAAGGGGUGAAGAAGAACUACGAGUCUGCAGCACAGGUGCUCAAACACAACUGUGAGGCGAAUGGACACGGAGAGAGCUGCUAUAAGCUGGGGGCUUACCACAUGACCGGCAAAGGUGGGAUGACAGAGUGUCUGAAAUCAGCCUACUCCUGCUUCCUGCGCUCCUGCAACGCCAACGGAAAGAAGUCCAUAGACGCGUGCCACAACGCCGGCCUGUUGGCCCACGACGGACGGGCCAACGAGGGCGGACCUGACCUCGCAGCAGCCCGGCAGUACUACGAGAAGGCCUGCGCCGGCGGCUUCGCUCCCUCCUGCUUCAACCUCAGCGCUCUGUUCAUUGAGGGCAACGCCAAAGGACUGAAACCGGACAUGAAACAGGCUCUGACGUACGCCAACAGGGCCUGUGAGCUGGGACACGUGUGGGGCUGCGCCAACGCCAGCCGCAUGUACAAACUCGGGGACGGCACGGAGAAGGACGAGAAGAAGGCGGAGGAGCUGAAGAACCGAGCGAAGGAGCUGCAUGGUUUGGAGAAGGAGAGGCAGAUCAAGUUCGGGGAGUGAAGGGCGACUCUUCAUUAAGUUAUUGUUGAUUUGGUGCUCUAGUCUGGUGUCCAGUCAGGUUCUCCGUGGAGACAAGAUUGUGUGUGCAAAAACAAAACCUGUUCGGGGGUUUUGAAAGUAGGAGAUGAUGUGUUGUUUGUCCAAAAAUAAUGAAUAAAUGGAUGUUUGCCUCAUUUGAAAUGUGUCGACAGUCAAAUUCAGGGAGUAGUAUUGACUAUUUGUGUGGGCAGAUUUCAGUCAAAUAUAUAAAGUAAAUGUGAAAGCAAUAAAGCGAGUCUUGAUUCAUGUACAGUACGAGAAUAUUUAUGAUUCCUUUAUGAAGGACUAUGAUUUGUGGUAUGAACUUAUAUGGUUAGAACUCAGUGUAUUGUCAUCACAUUGUGGUGUGCAUCAACCUUUAUAUAAUACUAUUUAUACAUAACCAUUGUGUGUUAUUAGUAUGGAAUGCUUCA